AUGUCAAACGAGAUCCCCGGUCCGCCCGGCGUGCCGCUUCUGGGUAAUAUUUUUGAUGUCAAUCCGAAUGAGACCUGGAAUUCGCUGAACAAGCUGGCCAAGGAAUAUGGCCCCAUCUUCAAGAUCAAUGCCCUCGGCCACCAGAUCGUCUUCAUUGGCAGCGUCGCUCUCCUCGAGGAAAUCUGCGACCAGAAGCGCUUCCGCAAGUGUGUGACCGGCCCCGUUGUUGAAAUCCGCUACGCCGUCCACGACAGUCUGUUCACGGCUUACGAUGAUGAGAAGAGCUGGGGCAUCGCCCACCGCAUCAUGGCGCCCUACGUCACCCCCGAGGCGACCGACGCCGUCUACAAGGACAUGAUGGAGGUUGUCCCCGACCUGACCAACAAAUGGACCGCCAGCUCCAAGCAGCGCGUGCUGGCCACCCGCGACCUGGACGCUAUCCUUGUCGCCUCCUGCAACAAAUGCUUCUUCAACCAGCGCUACUACAGUCUGGACAAGGACAAGGACCAGAAGAAGACCCUCAACAUGGUCGACGCCUUCGAGGGUGCCACCAUGGAAGCCAUGAAGCGGCCCACCCGCCCCAAGCUGCUCAACUGGCUCUACCAUAGCAAAUUCUCGAACCAGACCAAGUUCAUGCGCAACUACUGCGCGGAAAUCGUCAAGAGCCGCAAGGAAACCCCCUCGCAGGUCCGCAAGGACUUGCUCGACGCCAUGCUCAACGGCGUCGACCCCGAGUCCGGCGAAAAGCUCAAGGACUCCCAGAUCAUCGACGAGAUUAUCUCCAUGUACAUCGGUGCCGCGACGGCCGCUAAUCUCCUCUCUUACGCCCUGUACUACCUGAUGAAGAACCCUGAAGCCAACAAAAAAGCCUGCGAGGAAAUCGACCGCAUCGUCGGCGACGGGCCCCUCGAGCUCGAGAAGCUGAAGCAACUCCACUACGUCGAGGCCUGCCUGCGCGAAUCCAUCCGUCUCUCCGCCACCGCCCCCGGCUUCAACAUCGAGCCCAUCCCGUCGGAAAACAAGGCCCCCGUCAUGCUGGCCGGCGGCGAGUACCAGAUCCCCCACAACCAGCCCAUGAUCGCCAUCCUGAACGCCGUCAACCGUGACCCCGCCGUCUUUGGCGAGGACUCUGAGGAGUUCCGCCCCGAGCGCGUGCUGGGUGAGAAGUGGGAUAAACUCCCUGCGGCUGCGAAGAAGGGCUUCGGUAAUGGCAAGCGUGAGUGCUUUGGUAAGGUCUGGGCUUGGCAGUGGUCUUUCUUCACUCUGGCCAGCAUUAUCAAGGAGUGCGAGUUUGAGCUUGCGGAUAAGAAUUAUAAGUUGACUUCCAAUGGCGCGUUUAGCAUUAAGCCUCUUGAGUUUAAUGUUCUUAUGAGUCCCCGGAAGAAGUGA